AUGGGUCAACUAUUCAAUCGAAUAUCAACCGUACAAACGGACCAAGAAACGACAGAACUAAUCAUUCAAAACAGUGCGAAAUUCAUUCAACCGUUGAUAAAAAAACGAAAACGCCUUGAACAAGAGAGUAAUUCCCGGAAAAAGAAGUUUUAUUUACACAAUGAUUAUUCCCGACUUUUCAAUUCGUCGAAAUUUACUAGACAAUCAAUGAUGAACAAUUCCUUUACGUCAAAAAUAUUCUUCAAAUGUCAGUUAUGUUGUCGAUGUUUUCCAACGAAAGAUUCCUAUCUUGAUCAUAUGAUAGAUUGUGCCAUUGAACGUCAGGCAUCUAUUCGAAUAGUACGUGCCACAACUAACUAA